CCGGAGGUAGUCUUCUUGCAUUGUUUAUCUGCUGAUUUUUAAAGAGUUUGCAGACUCUGGUCCUGGAGAGGUUGCUUGAACAACAACAUGUACCACCUCCUCUACUCAGCCCAGAGUUUAGAUUUUUAAAUUAGAGGAUUUGUAGAAGGACGGACUAGAAUUUGGAUUGUCUCAGCACCUUUUCCUGGAAAACCCAAUAUUUCCUCGAAAGCCUGCAGGUUCAACUGGCUUGUCGCAGCAGGGGGCGAGUCCCAUUGAAGCCAUGGCGGACGGAAGGAUCUACGUGGGGAACCUUCCGAUGGAUGUCCAGGAGAGGGAUAUCGAGGAUCUCUUCUAUAAAUAUGGAAAAAUUCGGGAUAUUGAGCUGAAGAACAACAGAGGAACCAUCCCUUUUGCCUUCGUCCGAUUUGAGGAUCCACGGGAUGCGGAGGAUGCUGUCUACGGAAGGAAUGGAUAUGGAUUUGGAGACUGUAAGCUUCGUGUGGAAUAUCCCCGAUCUUCUGGAUCCAAAUUCAGCGGUCCUGUUGGAGGUGGACCUAGGGGGAGGUUUGGCCCCCCAACUCGUAGAUCUGAGUUUCGAGUUAUAGUGACUGGUCUACCUCCUACUGGCAGCUGGCAGGAUCUGAAGGAUCACAUGAGGGAGGCCGGGGAUGUGUGUUUCGCCGACGUGCAGAGAGACGGAGAAGGGGUGGUGGAGUUUCUCAGGAGGGAGGACAUGGAGUACGCUCUGCGUCGACUGGACGGGACGGAGUUUCGCUCCCAUCAGGGAGAGACGGCGUAUAUCAGAGUUCUCGAGGUGAGGAGCGCGAGCUGGGGCCGCUCGCGUUCCCGUUCGAGGUCCCGCGGACGCUAUUCGCCCCCGUACCAGAGCAGAGGGUCCCCGCCGCCUCGUUACCGCUCUCCCCCGCGCCACUCGCUGUCACGGCACAGUCCACCCCCACGGCGACUCCCCACACAACACCACAGCCCCCCUCCCCGCCACUAUCGAUAAGCCCCCGAAAGAAGAAUGAAGGGUU